UUUCAAACACCUCAGUUUCUUUCUGUGGGCUCUCUCCCUUUCAAUUCUCGUGGCCUUGCUUUCCUCUUUGCAGCUGCGACAUAUAGCUCAGACACUAGGUGGUUUUAGCAUCGACACAAUUUUUUUGGUUUACCAUUCACUCUGUUCCAAUUUCAAGUUUCGAGAGCUUGCGAUGAAUUACAAACUCCCUCCUGGUUUUAGAUUCCACCCAACAGAUGAGGAACUGAUUGUGUAUUACCUCCAAAACCAAGCCAUGUCCAGGCCAUGCCCUGUGUCCAUCAUCUCCGAAGUCGAUAUUUAUAAAUUCGACCCGUGGCAGUUGCCUGAAAAAGCCGAACUUGGUGAGAAGGAAUGGUACUUCUUCAGCCCGCGUAACCGGAAGUAUCCAAACGGAGACCGUCCUAACCGAGCGGCGGUUUCAGGGUAUUGGAAAGCCACGGGUACGGACAAGCCGAUCUAUAGCGGGUCUAAGCAUGUGGGAGUGAAGAAAUCCCUUGUGUUUUACGAGGGCCGGCCGCCUAAGGGCUUAAAAACGAAUUGGAUCAUGCAUGAGUAUCGUUUGGCUGAUUCAAGAAGGGACGUCCAAGAUCGCUCUAUGAAAAAUAUACAAGAAGCAACACUCGAGUAAAACUUCGGAUCAAAAAGUGGAAGACUUCCAUGGCCAAAGUAACCGAACCAUGACAAGUGACGCUAGUGACAAGCAAGUGCUGAGAUUACCUAGCACUUGCUCACUUACUCAUAAUCUGUUGCAAUUGGACUACUUUGGUCCCAUCUCACGGCUUCUAAUAGACAGCUCAUACCAUCCAACCUUGGAUUGCCAAAA